GACAACGCACAGGUGUGGUUACAGUCAGGUUUCAGUUACAGGAGUGUGUGUGAGAAGAGAAACUGCUGUGUUUUAAUAAUAAAUGACUCUUCAGAGAUGUUCGACCCAGGAUUGAAUGGGAUCAUGGAAAGGACCACUAACUUGGACCAAGGAAGCUUCCUACCUCCUGUGAAGAGGAAGAAAACGGUGAAAGAGCUGCUAAUGCUGAAGCACCAGAAAUGGAAUUGGUCACAGGAGGGCAACGACAUGGAGUAUCAACUCAGAUGUGUAAAUCCUGAAACCUUUGGCCGAGAUUGUAGUCCUUGUAUUUUGAGCCCGGACGACAGCCCCUCUCUCUUCCCUCCCGCUUAUCCUGAAAGUGUCCACACACUACAACACAUGCAAUAUCCAGCUCUUCAGGAGCAGGGGGCUCCAACAGCUGAGGCCGGGAUGUCGUUGUUUCACUGGCAGAUCCAGGUAGAGGCACGGAGAGUUGGUGAGGUUUCACCUGAGGUGCUGAAUAUGCAAGAUCCAGAUGGUGACACAUGUCUGCACAUAGCAGUGGCUCAAGGCAGACGAGCUCUGGCGUAUGUGUUUGCUGCAGAAAUGGCAAGAUGUGGCACUUUGGACAUGAAAGAACACAACGGCCAGACAGCUCUGCAGAUAGCGACUGUCACCAAUCAACAUUUAAUUGUCCACGAUCUGCUGACCUUUGGAGCGCAAGUCAACACCUGUGACUCAUGGGGGCGCUCUCCUUUACAUAUUUGUGCAGAGAAAGGGCACUUUUUCACUCUGCAGACCAUCUGGAGAACCACAAUAGAUAGAGGGCAACCAGUUGACAUUGAAAUGAUCAAUUACAAUGGUUUAACACCGCUGCACGUAGCAGUUCUGUCUCACAAUGCGGUCGUCAAACAGCUCAGCUGUCUGGAGAAUCCUCACUCCUCCACUGCAGAGGGGCUGAUGCAGAGGAAGUGGAUGUUUGUUGAAUGUAUUAAGACUCUGUUUCUCAUGGGUGCCUCCCUCACCACCAGGGAUCUCAAAAGUGGACGGACUUGCUUUCACAUGGCUUCAGAGGAAGCAAACAUGGAGCUGCUGCAAGUGAUCCUCAACCAGCCACUCUCUCUGCCCAUCGUGAACUUUAAGACUUUUAGUGGGAACACGGCGCUGCACAUCGUCUGUUCACUGCACAGCAACAGGAGCCAAGUGGAAGCCGUGAAGCUGCUGAUGAGAAACGGAGCCGAUCCUGGGAGCAGGAAUUUUGAAAACGACCUUCCAGCUCAGCUGGUGCCUGAAGGAGUCACUGGUAAAAAGGUGCGGCAGAUCCUGAAGGGAAACAUGCUCAAGCUUAAGUAA